CAACGCAUGAAACAGUGGCGCGUGAAACCCAUAGACAGCAAAGGUGCGUGCAAUGCUCAUCAACUGCGUUCACUUGUGAGUUAGAGCAGCGUUAUGGACUUGACUGUGGAGGAGAACCCGUUCGAAAAUGAGGACCCGUUCACUCACACCUGGACAGACGAGGAGACAGACGAGGAGGAGACCAGCAAAGACAACGGAGCCUUCGUAGAGGGGACAGAGGGGAGACUGUCUCCACAGUCCGAUAGAUCUUCAAACUGGGAUGAUGAGUGUGUGGACGAGCAGGACGGGGCACUGAUGGGGAGUGGUGGAGAGGGACGGAUGCUCAAGCUGAGGAGGAACUUACACCAGCUGGACAGCCUCUACGCACAGAAGGAGCUCCGUGUGCUGAAGGCCAGAGAGGAGCUGAGAGUGUGUUGCCUGCAUCUUGCUGAGCUUCAGGGGGAAAGAGAGGCGUUGGAGGAACUCAUUGACAGAGAGAAACAGGAGGAAAACAGUGUUGGGGUGUUCCGAAUGCGAGCCCAGCACAAGCGAGUGUGUGUGAGGAGCUCCACAGAGAGGAGGAACUGCAGGCUCUCAUCUCCAUGGCCUUAAGGGAACACGAGCUGGAGCUGUAUCAGGUGGAAGUGAAGAUGGCUGGUGUGUGUGAUCUGCAUGAGGAGCAGAAUGAUCAAGAGCAGAAGAAACAGGAGAGACGCCUCCACCUGGAGAAGACCAAGGCCAGGGCACACCAUAAGAGGAUACAGCAGGACAGAGCUAAGAAGAAGGCUGAGGAUGAACAGGAGCAGGCUGCACAACUCCAUGCUCAAGAACAGAGCAAGACCAGCCAACGCAAGGCCUCGCAAUACAUACGAGAGACCAUCAACAGAAUUCAGCGCAUGGAGUCUGAGAAAGAGGAGAGGAGCAGAGAGGAGGUGAAGAGAAGAACAGACGCUGUGCUCUCACUGAAGAACAACAUCGCAGCCUCACAGGAGGCCUUGCGUGUGCAGAGGGCGCGUGCCCUCCAGGCCCAGAGGCGUAGCCGUCAGCAGGACCUGCAGACGGAGGCUCUGCAGAUUGAGGGUGGCAACACCACCCGGGAGCUGCAUCAGCAGCGCGUGCUCAACGACCAGCAGCGCAGGAAGGAGGAGUUGGAGGACAGGCAGAGGGCUCGGAGAAUGGAGAUUGUCUCCAAACUAUUGCAGGAGGAGGAGGUUAUGGAGAAACGCAAACAACAACAGGCCCCACCCCUCCCAGCGGCCCUGCCCAAAGGAGCACACAGGACCAUGGCAAACAGGAAGACCUUUGAGAAGAUCCUGCAGAAGCUGGAGCCAGUGAUCUCAGAAGCUGUGGAACACACACCUAUGACGCUUCCCACACAGCCACAGAGGGAGCAGCUUCGAGGGAUGAGUGACACCUCCUCAGACGAAUCCUCAGAGGAGGAAGGUGCGGACUCUGCUGGAGAGGAAGAGGAAGAUGAGGAAGAGGAAAGUGGGUCAGAUGAGAGUCUGCCAGAGACUGGGUGCUCGCUGGAGGAGCUGGCUGCGAGGCCCCCAGUGAAAGAGCGCCACCCUGUGGUGGCAUGUAGAGCGCAGGCUCCCCUGAUGAGGAAGAAGGCUGGGAGAGGAUUUAAAGGCCCCCCCUUCAUCAGCAAGCCAGCUGCCAUUCAUUUCAAGGACUUUGACAUUGGCAGGGUGUACAGGAAGAGGAUCACCCUGACUAAUGUGACUUACUCCACCAACUACUGCAAGCUGCUGGGCAUCAGCACUCACCUGAUGGACUUCAUAUCUCUCAGCUUCCAGCCGCCAGGCCCCAUGUCCCCGGGCAUGGCUUGUGAGAUGGAGGCUCUGUUCAAACCAGUGCUGAAUGAAGAUCUGGAGGGGGAGGUGUGUUUCUCCUCUGCAGCAGGAAGCUUCUCUGUGCCUGUCAGGUGCACCACCAAGAAAUGCCAGAUGGUGGUAGAUAGUAGCCUCAUUGAGUUUGGGAGCCAUGUGGUGGGCCAGACAAUUUCACGCGUCAUCACCCUUAGCAACAGGGGGGCCCGCGGCACUCGUUACUUCCUGCUUCCCUCCGCGUCCUCCAAUCACACGCGCCUUCACACACCAAGCCACGCCUCUUCCCCCAGCACUAAGAUGCCUGUCAGCAGAGAGGAGUCUGUAGAACAGAUUUUGGGGGAGAGCAGAGGAGCGCACCAGAGUCCAGACAGCCCAGCUAAACACUCAGGGGGUUCCCCAGCAACUUUAUGUGUAAGUGUGUGUGGUGAGGAGGCAGUGUGUGUGGACUCCCCCAUUGUUCUGACCCAGUCAGAGCUGGACCAGCUGUCAGACCAGCACCAGCAGCACCAGCAGAACCAGCAGCCGGAGCCAGAGCCAAGCCCACACUUCCCCACUCCAGACAGCACCGAGCCCAGCAGCGACACCGCCACCGACACCAGCACAGAGAUUCAGCUGCCACAGGUCAGAGAGGGUGAGGUGGGCCCCUUCGGCAGCACCAAGAUCCACAUCACCUUCAAUCCCACAAUCCCCGGCGAUGCCCACCUGGACUUCCAGAUCAGCUUCUCAGAGCCAGACUGCCAGGCGAUCAGUGUGAGUGUGAGCGGGACGGCGGUGACCGCACCAGUGUGUGUGACGCAGCCCGACCUGGACCUGAAGAUCUGCAGCUACGGCCGCCUCUACCAGCAGAGCAUUACCGUACAGAGCAGGGCAAACAGAGCUCUGCAUUUGGUGUUUAAUGUGUGUAAGGAGCUCAGGAACCACAUGGAGAUUCUGCCCAAGACCGCCUAUGUCCAGGCCCGCUCCACCUUUCAGGCCCAGUUCAAGUUCCUGCCCAGGCGGUCAUUGCCAGCGGACGCCGGGAGAUUCUUUGAUAAGGAGACUGGAGUCCUGGAGGUCCCUCUCUCUGUUCAAGUAGCAGACCAGGUGCGGCCCAUCCCCAUCAUGGUGCACGCAGUGGUCACAACCUCUGACCUGGAGUUUGAACACACAGAGCUGGACUUCGGCCACUGCUCCGUCCGGGAGUCCGUCAAGCUCAGCCUGCGCCUCACCAACCGCUCACUGCUGCCACAGGACUUUGGCUUCCUGGGGGUACCUAAGUGUAUCAACGUGCAGCCGGGUGACGGCUUCGGGACGCUGUUGCCCCUGGAGACCCUGGAACUGGACGUGAUGUUCAGCCCCCAGACGGCCGGAGACUACAGCUUCCAGCUCACCUGCAGGACAGGUGCCAACAGGGUGGUGUGUGUGCAGUGUCGGGGGGUGGGGGUACAGCCGGUGCUGGAGCUGUCCCACACGCUGGUGGAGUUCCGGGCCACUGCGGUGGGGAGCCGCUCCUCCGCCUGCCUCUACGUGCUCAACACACACACCAGCACCAACCAGUUCACACACAACGUCCCCCGAGUCGGGCCCGGCCCCCCCGCCCCCAUCGGCCCCCGCAGGUUCGCCUUCUGCCCCCCCAACACCACCCAGCUCACGGUCACCCCCACCCAGGGGCGCGUGCUGCCCGGAGAGAGAUGUUUGGUGCAGGUUACGUUUACUCCCUCCCUCUCUGAUGACAUCAUCAAAGCAGAAGCAUCUCGUCUUCUGGCAGUGAAGCAGCAACAAGCAGCUGAGCUCUCAAGCAAAGCCACCAGCCUUGACACACCUGUGCAGCCCACCAAGAAGGAGGCAUUACCAGAACCCAAGAAGAGCAGGAAGCCUCCAGUAAAGAAGAACAGCAAAGCCAUCCUCAGUCCCAAAACAGCCAGUCCACCCAACACCCAGCAGGGUGGUGAGGAGUUGGGCCCUGCUGUGGAAGGUCUGCUGCGAUCCUUCAAAGACACACACCAGCGCUUCAUUGUCCCCUGCUUCGUUUCUGAUGGAGACGCCACCGAACCUGAACAGGACUGCACCUACAGUCCCCAUAACAUCCUGUACCUGGAGCUGAGGUGCCCAGUGGUGCGACCCGCCCUGCUGCUCCUCAACCACAGCAGCGGAUACCACACAAUCAACUACCAGCAGGUGCUUCUGGAUGAGAAAGUGGUGAAGAAAGUCACUGUGCAGAACAUCUGUGAGGAGAGUCUGGAUCUGACAUCUUCAGUGCUGGACCUGAGCGGCCCCUUCCUUUUGCUCAACGCCCUCAGGUCGCUCAGACCAGGAGACACAUACACACUGCUGCUGGCCUUCACACCCACUGAGGAGAAGAAGUACCGGGAAGUUCUGGAGGUGCGCUGCAGUAGGAUGAAUCUGGAGCUCACUCUGUGUGGAGAGGGUGUGAAGCCGCUGGUCACAUGUACACUCAAAGGACCAGUCAUGGACUUUGGAUACGUGCUGGAGAAUGACAGUGCAUCUCAAAUCAUCAAAUUGCAUAAUGGCUCAGUCUUGUCAGUAAAGUUCACAGCAUCUCUGGCCAGUCCGCCACCCACACACACACAGCAGCUGUCUGUCGACCAAUCAGAUGACAUUGAACGAGCACAAAAUGCAUCUUCCACUACAAUAGAUGGCCAAAGCUGUGGUGGUCGGUGUGCGUUUCUCGUGUCUCCUGCAGAGGGCGCUAUUCCUCCGGGUAAAUCUAUGGAUGUCACCGUCACCUUCCAGCCUGACCACGAGAGCCUCACACACUCCGACACAGUGACCAUUCAGCUCUCCAACAAGCAAACGGUGUGUGCAGUAGACUUGAAAGGAGCAUCUCGCCACAACAUCAUGUACCUGUGUGGAGGAGACCCUCUGAAGGACAAUCUGACAGACCCAACCCAAGACGUGGAGAAGGCCCCUAACCCGGUGCUGUUGAUCCUGAGGAGUGACGGGGGCGUCACUGCCUCUCGCUCACUGGAGGUGGGCUGCAUACGCACCAGCCAGCCUGGGGCCAAGAAGAGCGUGGAGUUUGUGUGGGAGAACGCUGCGCUGCUGAAGCAGAAGGGGUUCAGUGUGGAACCCCCCAAGGGCAACGUGGAUGCUGGAGCCAGGCGCACCCUCACCGUCACAUGGGCGCCCCCUAAAGGCACAACGCUGGAUGAGGUGGUGGAAGUGACUACUUCACUCACACUGAAAGGAAAUGAGACGGAAGUUUACAGUGUGACCCUUCAAGCGUUACCCCUUCAACCACACUCCUGCUGAUCCAGAUUCACACAUACACUCAUACACCCACGUGCGCACACACACACACACACACACACACACACACACACACAUACACUGAUACACGCAUACACACGCACACACACACACUCAU